CUUUGUUCUUCCCCACUUGAUGGCUAGCUUUUGAGGUUGAAUUUCCAAGUGUUUAUAUCACAGCCAGUUGUUGGUGUGUCAUAAAGGACUACAGCAAGGGUUCUGAACAACACGGAGUUAAAUGAAGUGCCUAGAAUGAAAGCCGUGAGACAUUAGCUCUUAUGGGUGGUGAUCCUAUGAUAGGAACUUGGGUAUUAUAGAUGUUUGAUGAAGUAUUGAAGGGCAUUAUUCUUUCUCCUUAAUAGCCUAGACUUUUAGGGUGUGUUCCCCAUGUACAUGGAUACGCAUGCAGGUAUAAAACAUAAAUUCUGGGAGAAUAAAGUUGAAAUAAAUUAAUGCAGAAGAAAAUAAGGAAUAUUCUUGCUGCCGUGGGGCUGUAAAGGGAAGUGGAUACCCAUAAAUACCCUGAUCUUCCUUCACCUUUGUUGGGUGAUUGGAGCCUCAGUUAAAUAAAUAACCUAAGCUCCUAUGUUUUUACUGAACUCAGCCUGUCUGAUAUUUUGGUUAGCUUAUCUAUUUGUUGGUGAAAGAUUUUUAUCGAUAUGGUUGUUUAACUGAUAAAUGUAAUUGUUUUCAUGUGUGCUUGUGAACAAAAUCAUGCUACUUAACGUGCCUCCAUGGCCACUCUCCACCAUAUGCCUGUUGUGCUUGGAUUUGGCCAGGCUUUCAGUUCUGUGUCAUUCUGACUUAAUUGAUGAUUGCUGUGGAAUUGGCUUCGGUUGCAAGUGAGGUUAAGGCAGCAGAUAUAAAGGUCUUGUUUGUGAAGCCACUUGUUUACUGGACCCGAUUUUUUAUCAUAGCUACAGCAUUUUCUCGUCCCCAGAUUGAUGCUAUCGGGUCCAGGAUGAGAGAUCGAGCUGAGAAGAAAUAUGGAAAAAUUCCAACAGGAGAUACAAAGCCUAACUCAUGGACCCUGUUGGACUUCGGUGAUGUUGUUGUUCACAUCUUCCUUCCCUCACAGAGAACUUUCUACAAUUUGGAAGAGUUUUAUGGUAAUGCAACACCAGUAGAGCUUCCUUUUGAAAAUCAACCACCAUUUCUUAGUUGACAGCACCUUUUGUUUGCCGGCAAUUGAAAAAAUACAAGAUGAUCAAGACAUUUAUAAUGACCAGCUUUCAGAAGUCUAUCGAUCACUGCCAGCUUUGGUUUGUUUACAUGAGUAUGAUGUAGGCCUUCCAAUAUGCUUAUCAGCAGGAGAAUUUGAGCUUUCCUUUAGCUGGGAUGGGAGUGGAGAAUCACUCAAUGGGGAAGCGAAAAGGCACAAUUUCAUUGCAUUCAGAAGUCUCUUUUUCUGACUUUACAUUAGAGUGGUAAUUCCUAUUAAAAAUCUUUAGCAAAUGGGUAUAGAGACAAAUUGUUGAAGUCCGUCUUGAAAUUCGAUUUCCGUUAGUUUGAAUUAGGUGGGUUUUGUGAAAUCAUGUAUUCUUUUUCUUCCAUAUUUAAAACAAGAGAAAGAGGACAAGAAAAUGAUGAUUCAAAGGAACCUUUUGCUCU